GCAUUACUAGAUCUUGUGGACGUCGACUUUUGGCCUACUCCUGUAAGAGGAGCCAUAACAGCUCCUCGCGACCUCGACCAUGCGUGCGUGAUGAGCGCCGCUGAUUUUACUGCUGCUCAGCAACGAAUUGCUGCUCGUCGCCGGUCGCGGGAGGCCGAGAAUCAGGCACGCGUGAGCCAUGAUCGGCGAUUUCCCGCAUCGGCGACGAUUGAUUCCUUACCGGGUUCUUUGAGCCAGGCAGAUAAUAUUCUAAAAGAUAUUUGGGAUUUGAUUAGAGGCCGUGAAGGGACGCGACCUGCGUAUAGGGUCGGUCAAGUUGAUGCCGAGCUUCUUGACGAGGAAUUGCUCGAUCUUCUCAAAGGACAAAUCCAGGAUGCGCUGAAAUACUUUGGACCUCAUUUGCAGGAUGAUUGGUCUUCAGAAAUCCUUCUCGCGCUGCGGGCCGUACUGUUCAAACUCUCUAUCUGGGAUCACGAUGCUUCAUAUGGGGCUGCGCUUCAGAACUUGAAAUACGUGGAUGCGCGCUACAAGGGCCCCGUGCCUCGGCCACCAUCAAAGUGGCAGAAAUCUGUCUAUGGCUUGUUCACAAUAGGGGCUCGCUAUGCUUGGGGGAAAUGGGAAGAUUGGCUCGUGGAUAUGGAAGGCGGAUUUGAACAGCCGUCUGCCAACGUUCGACUUUUCUCGCGAUUGAGUACGACGGUGUCAACAGCUCAUUCACUUGCUGCAUUUGUCUCCUUUUUGAUUUUCCUCUUCAAUGGCAAAUACCGGACGCUCCUUGAUCGUGUCCUUCGACUUCGCCUCGCGACGCCCACUAGCCAGGUCAACAGAGAGGUAUCAUUUGAAUAUUUGAAUCGUCAGCUUGUCUGGCAUGCAUUUACAGAAUUUCUUCUCUUCAUCUUGCCCUUGGUUGGCAUUUCCCGAUGGCGACGCUGGCUCGGAAGAGCGUGGCGAAAGAUGAGAUCGCUCAUGCCCAGAACGGGUGACGACAAUGGUGAAGAUUCCCGUUCCACUGGUCCGCUUGGCUUUCUACCGGAGCGGACAUGCGCCAUCUGUUAUCAUGACCAGAAUCCCAUUUCAACGUCAGAGGAUAAUGUUCUUGCCAUGUCUGGUGCCUCGGGCGGAGUGAUUGGAUCUGCCCAGACAGACGUUACCAAUCCUUAUGAGGCCAUACCGUGCGGGUGCAUUUAUUGCUUUGUGUGCCUUGCACAAAGGCUCGAAAGCGAAGAGGGCGAAGGGUGGGCUUGUUUAAGAUGUGGCGAGAUUGUCAAUCAAUGCCGCCCUUGGAAUGGCGAUGUUUUGGAGGAGGAAGAAGAAGGAGUCAAACCAGCGACAGAGAAAUCCGUUGGUUUUAUUGAUGACAAUCACGAUGAAGAUGGGUUGACACAACUCGACCCGUCGCCCGAGAACGACACCGAAAAGGACAGAUUUGAGACUCCAAUGCAGGAGCUUGCAAAUUCCCCGGCAGUUCGCCCGUUUGACGUAUCCAGCGAGUGGGCACAAGUCGAUUCGCUUUCAGGCGAAGCUCCGACGUCUCCGCAUUAAAGAGACACUCAAUAUCAUGGACAUGCAACGUGUAUAGAUUAUUCUCUCUCUCCUUUUCUCUCUUUUUCUCUCUUUUUCUCUCUUUGUCUCUCUCUGAACUACCUACUACGCUGUACUAUAUUAGGGAAGCUUUUGUACGCGUAAAGAGCAAAUCUUAGCGAACAUGUCUUUUGCGAAGAAAUAUAUAGUAUCCAAUUCGUGUCAAUAAAGACCAAACUGUCAUCAAGCUUUUCGAGGCAUUGCAUUCGGUUUGGUUAGUUCAAAGGUAAGACUCAUAGAUAAUGCGACG